AUGGCUCCUGUCUCGUUACCUCCAGGUUUCAGAUUCCAUCCAACGGACGAGGAACUAAUUACUUACUAUCUAAAAAGAAAGAUCAACGGUCUAGAAAUUGAACUUGAGGUUAUCGCUGAAGUUGAUCUCUACAAGUGUGAGCCAUGGGACUUACCAGGAAAAUCUUUGCUUCCGAGCAAAGACCAAGAAUGGUACUUCUUCAGCCCACGUGACCGGAAGUACCCUAACGGCUCAAGGACAAACCGCGCAACCAAAGGCGGUUAUUGGAAGGCCACUGGCAAAGACCGUCGUGUGAGUUGGAGAGACCGAGCCAUUGGAACCAAGAAGACACUGGUUUACUACCGUGGCCGUGCGCCACAUGGUAUUAGAACCGGUUGGGUCAUGCACGAAUAUCGACUCGAUGAAACCGAAUGCGAGCCUUCUGCGUACGGCAUGCAGGAUGCAUAUGCACUUUGUCGUGUGUUCAAAAAGAUUGUGAUUGAAGCUAAGCCAAGAGAUCAGCAUCGGUCAUAUGUCCACGCGAUGCCGAAUGUGAGCGGUAACGGCUCAUCGAGUUUUGACAAUUGUUCAGAUCUCGAAAUCAGUUCAGCUACUCAUCAAGUUCAAAACACAUUCCAACCGCGAUUUGGCAACGAGCGUUUUAACUCCAACGCAAUCAGCAACGAGGACUGGUCACAAUUCUACGGCUCUUCUUAUAGACCAUUCCCUACUCCAUAUAAGGUUAAUACAGAGAUCGAAUGUUCAAUGUUACGACACAAUGUAUCUCUACCACCGUUGCGUGUAGAGAACUCUGCGGUUAAUGAUUGCGAUUUCUUCACGAGUAUGACUCACAACAACGAUCAUGGCGUUUUUGACGACUUUACUUUCGUUGCAAGUAACUCCAACCACUAUAAUAGCGUUGGGGAUCAAGUGAUCCACGUUGGCAAUUAUGUUGACCAAUUGAUGACGUCUAAUCAUCAUUUGAACCAGGCCGGUUAUUUAGAAGAGCAAAAGAUCAUACCGAGUUUGGAUGAUACUGAUCACCAAAAUCUUGGAUUUCAUGGGAACAAUACCAAUGAGGACCACAUAGAUAUCGAUGAUUUUUUCUCAUUUGAUAAAUAUAACGAGGAAAACGUGAAUAGAAUAGAAGACAAUAAUGAACAGUUGGAUACAAAUGAAACACUUGAUUCAUCAGGAUUCGAGGUGGUUGAAGAAGAAACUAGAUUUAACAACCAAAUGCUCAUUUCGACAUAUCAAACAACGAAGAUUCAAUAUCACCAAGUCGUGCCUUCUCACACGUUGAAAGUUCACGUCAAUCACAAUAAUGUGGAAGAAAGAACAUUGUUUAUCGAAGAGGACAAAGAUUCUUGGUUACAAAGAGCUGAGAAGAUCACCAAGACAAAACUAACACUUUGUAGUUUAAUGGCUCAGCAAUACUACAAAUGUCUUGCGAUUUUUUUCUGAUUCU